CUGUGUGCAUGCUUCUUAUAUAAUUAUUGACGAUAACUACUUCCUCUCUCCAAAACAAUCCAAGUUUCAGAACAAUAUCUCACUCUCUAAUUUCAGAAGUAGUUGAAGUUGAAGAUUUCUCUAUAUUUGAUCUACACUUGUUGAAGAUUUCGAGUUAUGUCUGCGCUGGUGGAUAUAUGGAGUAAUGAGACCAAGGAGCAGAGCCAGAAGGAUCAAACCCUUUCGUCAAAUGCAUCGGCCUCAUCAAGCACUGAUGUUGGGGUUAACCAAGUGAAAGGAGGGAUGAGCUCGUCAACCUUGUUAGCUCCUGUUUUCGGCCGAGUCGUGCGUGUCAACUCACUUUUGACACGCUAUUCGUCUGAAGCCUCAGUUUCCAUGCUUGUGGAGUGGUUUAGCCCUUGAAGAUGUGAAGUUUUGUUUUUAUUUUUAUUUUUAUUUUCCUCUUUAUUUUUGCUUCUUAUCUCUCUCUUUGCUUAAGUUUCAAAUCAAUAACAGUGCUAAGGUUGUAACAAUAAAAGUACAUAUGAUAAGUUUAAGAGCUCAUAGAACGUCUAAGUGUACCAUGUAAGUAAGCCAACACUACGGCAGAAUCUAACAAUCCAAUUAAGCUAGCUAAUUACUGGUCUUAUCCAACUUCACUUGACAGAAAACAAAAACCAAAAGCGUGCAGGGUAUAUCUGGUACUCUGGUAGACAGGAGAGAUGCUCUCCUAACCUCUUCUGUUUAAGAUGGUGACCUAAAUUAAUAGUCCAUGGGAACGGGGGAGCAGCCAUACUUGACCAACUAAUGUGAACGCUCAUAUGUAUUCACACUAUAUAUAUAUAUAUAUAUAUAUAUAUCUGUGUGUGUGUGUGUGUGAGAGAGAGAGAGAGAGAGAGACACACACACACACAAUACCAUCCUAAAUUUUUCUAAUUCAGCCUCCUCAUUCAAUCCUCAAUCAAACAACAUGAAUCUGAGCAAACCUCAAUUCGGACCCUCUUCCUCUUCCUCUUCCUCCUCGUCUUCAUCUUCCACCCAUUUGUUCGCACACGAUGUCUUUCUGAGCUUCAGAGGUGCGGAUACGCGCAACAAUUUUACAGGCCAUUUGUACCGCAAUUUGGUUCAGGAGGGAAUCAACACCUUCAUUGAUAAUGAGCUUACAAGAGGAGAAGAUAUAACAAAGGAGCUUCUUGAAGUAAUUGAAGGAUCAAGGAUUUCCAUUGUUGUAUUUUCUGCCAACUAUGCAUCUUCAAAGUGGUGCUUGGAUGAACUUGUCAAGAUCUUUCAAAGCAAAGAAUCCAAGCAACAAAUCGUCUACCCAAUUUUCUACAAGGUAGAUCCGUCGGAGAUACGACACCAGAAGGGCCAGGUUGGUGAUGCAAUUGCUCACCUUAGCAAAUACAAGGAUAACAAGAAGGCGGAGAGUUGGAAGGCAGCUCUUACACAAGCAGCAACUUUGUCUGGGUGGCACAUCUCGGAUGGAGGGAAUGAAGCGAAUGUCAUUGAUGAAAUUGUUAAAGAGAUAUCAACCAAAAUAAUGAAAUGCACCCCUUUAGAUGUGGCAACAUAUCGUGUUGGAAUAGAAUCUCGUGUAGAAGAAAUACUUAAGCUCUUAAAUGUUGCGGAAGACGAUCCUCACAUGAUAGGGAUAUGGGGAAUUGGUGGAAUAGGAAAGACAACACUUGCAAAAGCUGUUUACAAUUCAAUUAGCCAUAAGUUUGAACAUAGUUGUUUCCUGGUAAAUGUUAGAGAAGAAUCAUUUUCACAUGAAGGUCUUGUCAAGCUACAAAACAAUUUUCUUUCUAAGAUUAUAGAGAGGAAUCCACCUAGUGUGACCAAUGUUGAUGAAGGAAUCAUUGUGUUGAAGCAAAAACUACGCAAGAAAAGGGUUCUCUUAGUUCUUGAUGAUGUGGACCGCUUGGAUCAGUUAAGAAAACUUGCUGGAGGGUGUGAUUGGUUUGGUCCAAGAAGUAGAAUUAUCAUAACAACAAGAGAUAAAAAGUGCUUAAGGGCUCAUACAGUCAAUACAAUAUAUGAGGUCAAAGAAUUAAAUGAUGAAGAAGCGUUAAAGCUCUUCAAUUUCAAUGCUUUCAAAGGAAGUAUAUGUACGGAUGACUUCUUUGAACUUGCAACUGAGGUAAUACAUUAUGCUAAAGGGAUUCCGUUAGUUUUGGAAGUUUUGGGGUCAGAUCUAUGUGGUAAAGAUAAAGAUGACUGGAAAGAUGCAUUAGAGUAUUACAGGAGAUAUCCAAACCAAGAUAUUCAAAGAACUCUCCAAAGAAGUUACGAGGGAUUGGAAGAUCAGAUACAACAAGUUUUUCUUCAUAUUGCAUGUUUCUUUAAAGGUGACAAACAAAGUUAUGUGCUAAAUGCACUACAAAACCCUGACUUGAAUCCCAUGUAUGCUCUCAACGUCCUCAAAGAGAAGGCCUUGAUCAAAAUUGAGAAAGACAAUAGCAUUUGGAUGCAUGACCUUAUAGAAAGCAUGGGAAAAGAAAUUGUUCGACAAGAGUCCCCUGAUGAGAAAGGACGACGUACUAGACUGUGGCUAUAUGAGGAUGUUCGCGAAAUCCUUGAGGAAAACGAAGGAACGGAUAAAAUUAAAGGCAUCGUGGUGAGACGAAGAAGUUGGUCAUCACGAACGAUAUGGUUGAACAGCGGAAGCUUCACAAACUUGAAAAAUCUGCAAAUUUUUAUAGUCGAUAAUUAUGUGCUUCAUGGAGAGAGCGUGGAUUAUCUCCCCAACAAGUUGAGGGUGUUUGACUGGAUGGAUUGUUCAUUACGAUCGUCGCCAACGAAUUUUAAUCCAAGGGAACUCGUUAUGCUGCACGUGCGUGGGCCCUGCACGACUCCACUGGUGGACGAGGGAUUCAGGAAUAUGCGAUAUUUGAAAUCUGUCAAAUUGCGGGACCUUGAUGGUCUAACAAGAAUUCCCGACUUGUCUGGAUUAACAAGUUUACAGUAUUUGGAGCUAUUUAAUUGUGAUGAUUUAGUUGAAGUUCAUCCUUCGGUUGGCCGUCUCGAUAAGCUUGUCGUUUUGAAACUCACCCAUUGUUACAAGCUCCAGAUGUUUCAAGGGAGGAUCAACUUGAAAUCUUUGGAAACUCUGGAUCUAUCUGGUUGCUGGAAUCUUAAGUUGUUUCCUGAAAUUGUGGGAGACAUGAAGUCUUUGAAUCGCCUGGAUCUAUGUGGGACUGGCAUCGAAGAGUUACCUUGCUCAGUUGGAAAUCUCACUGGCCUUAAAUCCUUGUCUCUAAAUAGCUGCCAUAAUCUUACAAAUGUACCAUCGAGCAUUUUCUAUGGAUUGCAACGUCUGGAGGUUCUUGAUCUACAGUGCUGCUAUAAGCUUGGUACAUUUCCAACAAAGUCAGAAUCACUUCCUCCUCCACCGGUCUUUACAACUAACCUGACGAGAUUACAAGUUCGUUUGGGCCAUUGCGACCGGCUUAAAGAAAUUUCAGAAUUUCCACGAGAAAUAGAUGGCUUAUCUGUUCCAGGUUGUGGGUCAUUGGAAAGAAUUUCAAAGUUGUCAAAAAUUUUGGAGGGUAAAGAUUCAAAAAUGUUCGGUCGGUUGAACUUGACUAACUGCAAGAGACUCUGCGACAAUCUGGCUCGUGGAGUUGAAGUUGACAAGCGACUAUUUCAUGUGGCCAAGAAGAGAAAGAAGAUGACACCAUCACCGUUUGCGGGAACCAAAGAAUUGAUGGGAGAGGCAGACAAAUUGACGUCUCUGUUGACUCUUUUUUUCGCUUGUGCGAGAUCUGAAGAAUUCCAAGUAGAAUUUCCUGCAUGUGUUCCGAUUCCAAACUGGUUCACCUGCCGUCAGGAUGUGAAUUGGGAUGUGAAUGGUAAAGUGAUAAAUAAAGAGCAUGAGUUUUGCAUUGAAAUUCCUCAAAACUCCAAUUGGGACAACAAAGGGUUGGCUCUCUGUAUUCAAUCGUGUUUUUUUGAGGUCACUCAUUUUGUUUACAUCAAUGGAAUACAGUUUGAUGAGAAAUUCAUGUGGAACGACGAAGUGUGGGUGCAUUAUAUUCCAUUGGUUACAGUAAUAAGGAGGUUCAGUGAGUGUGGGAUGCCGCCACCACCUGAUAUGUUUCGAGUUAUGUUUCGUCUUGAAGAAAGUUCUCAUGUUGUAAGAAAAACACCUUUGGGGGGAAGUUGGGGAGUCCACUUGAUCGAAGAUUUGGAAGGAGAAGGCCGAUGAUAGUCCAGCUGACUUCGAGUAGGUUCAUUAUCCUUUUCUUUUUGUGUGCUUUGAGGCUUCUUUUAUAUCAUUCUCAAAAUCAAAAUCAUAUUUGAAUCAAAAACGCAUUCUGUUGUCCAACUAUAUGCUGAUUCUGGUGCCACUGAGGAUGACAUUGACACACCUCAGUUACAAAACACUUACCUCGGAAGAACUACUCCUUUGAAAACAUGAUGCUCGAUCAUCAUCAUACAAUGUUAAGGUACUUAUUCUCAUUCUUUGAGAUAAUGGCACAUACAUAUGGUGUAUAUAUAUCAUAUAUUGUUUCUGGUUCUGAACUUGCCAUGUGUAGUAGGACUAGUCCAGGUUAAACACUAAAAUUUUUCUGAAUUUCCUCAACUUACUUCGUUCAUGAGUUCAAUUUAGAGGAAAUGAACAAGUGAGUCUUUGGAAUCAAACCUCAAGAGCAUGAUUUAUGGAGUUGAUAAAGACCUACGCCAAGGGUCUGUAUGUCUGAAUUCCUUGUCUGUUCCAGAGCAGUAAAGAGCACACAUUGAUCAAUAUUCCAGAAAUAAAAGGAGAGGUAAAAAUCCUUAUGCAAUGUCUGUAUUAAGUUUAGUUGCGAAGGAACUAGAUGCUCCAGAUAUGAGCAAGUGGAUUAUGUACUUCAUUAGCAAGCAAGGUUGGACCUAUCAUGGAUUUCAUUCAUUUUGAGACACACCUCAAGAGGGUUUGGUCUCUUUGCAGCUUUGGUGGCAUAGUGAAUCCCGGUCCUCUUCUCUAGUCAAUUGUCACUAUCCCAUUCGCGAGUGUAAUGGAUUCUGUUUCAUAAGUUUACUUCCAAUGUGAGUGCACAAUCGGUCUUUGUUCUGUUGAUCUUUAAAGAGUAAUACUCGGAAAGAAAAUUUGCCUACUAAAGGCAGCCUUUGUUCAGCCAGGUUGUCUAGACCUUCUUGGUUCUAGUGUCGACCUGCUAUUAGUUCAUCACUCUUUUCGCUUAUUUUCAUUUUCUUUUAGUAUAGAAAGUAAUGUUUGUGAGUUAAUUUACCUGUUACUGUGAAGUUAGUGAUGAAUAAUCAGAUUAAGAUGAGAGGAGAACAGCAUUUGGGCCUCUUAAGAAGAAGGCAAGACAUUCCUCUAGAAAGUUUGAGUUAUCCUUGAUAAAAAGGUUCUAAGGGGCAGAGUAAUGUCUGCCCAGAUUGAGGACACUGAUGCAGAAGAGUUGGCAGCGGGUGGAAGCAUUUGACCAAGAGCUUAUAUUGGAACAACAUGGUGAUCAACAUAUAAGAUGCUACACUUGAACAGACUGAUCUAAUCACUGGGAUGCCAACCUGAGAUUUAAUUACUUUAGUACUGGGCUCUACUCUGCACUCAUCUUUGUAACUUCUGAUAUUUGACAAGGUGAAAAUCAGCAAUGCUGUCGUCUUAAGGCAAGAAUGCAUUGUAAAGUGCUUUCAAGAAGAUUUUGGAUUCUUGGUAGCAGCCUUGCUUGGUUUAUUACAUCCCUACUUUUCCAGUCAAUUCUCACCAUUACCAGAAGCAGUCUGAAAAUGCCAAUAUGGAUUCUGCAUCGUACAUCUGCUUACCAAUGCAAUCAGUUCGAUUUUGCACAGCUUGUGUCUCAGAGAGACCAUGAUCUUACAUUUGCAGUAGGAAUACCAAACCUACACGACUACUAUAAAAACUCAAUGUAGGCCAAACCUCCAACACAAAUUGUCCCAACUGGUGCAUGGUUAACAUUGACAGAAUGUUACAGCUCUCUCUGGAAGAAUUGAUGCGUGAGAAUUAUCACGGACUUAAGCAAUUGGAUCGAAGGUUUUGCUGUAAGCCUUGCUUUUGGUACAAUCAUGAAAGCUGAAGUCCGGGGUUUAUUCAAGGUUCUUCUUAUUCCAGCAUAUUAACUGCAAAGAGCCUAUUCUGUUACACUAGCUGGGACAUCUCAGUGACUCAUGUCUAGCUACAAGGAAGUUAAUGAAACAGCAGAUCACUUGCCAAGCUUGAUCAUCCUUACCCAUUGAUAUGGAACUUUUGGCUAAAGAUGUCUUAUGGAUUUGUAAAGACCGAGGUUAUGCAAAUCCAAUGCUUGUUUCUUCCGUGGUUAGGUGCCAGACUUCAAAAAGAAAGAGAAAUGCACCCUAUGUAGUUGAAUUUCAGAUAGCUUUGUGUGCCACAUGAACUUCUUUUGAUAUGGAAACUGAUUCCUUA